CAUACCGUACGCGCAGGGAACAAGUUCCGCGCUCUAGCUGUCACAUCCUUCACUAUUUCAGCGGGAAAUUUAAUUUCCAUCGAAAGAAAAGUCCAUCACAUCCAACUCCAAGGACUUCAAGACAAGCAAUUUUCCUCUUGGAAAGAAAUAAUUCUUAUUAUUUUUCAAAUACCAUCAGACUUUUUUUCUCGCCGCACCCUGGGCUUGUAUCAAAGACGAAGAAAGUAUUUCAAACCAGGAUAGCAUAGGCUACUACAUUUGUCUUACUCAUUAAGGUUUCAUUACCAUGAUAGAGUGGAUAUAUUUUAUGUGUUGACUACUACUGUCAGUUGACAUACUCCCAAAGGUUCCACUUAUUUGUCUAUGGACCCACAAGUCCGGGAGUUUAUAACUACUUGUCCUGUUCCAGUAACACCAGAUAGUGGAUCUGGCCCAGGACCGGCCGCCGGGCCUGGUCAUGGGCCGAGUCCAGGACCCAGUGUUCUGCCCACUCCGACAACAGCAUCGGUGUCAACUCCAAGCAACAGAAUCCUUUCAAGAAAUGCUAAUGGUACAAAAUUUUGUCUCUUUGGCAGUAGCUAUGACGUCUCAACCUACAAACGAAUCAGAGCUUCAACUGUACAGAGUGCUUCAACGAGCCAAUCUCUUAUCCUACUACGAUACUUUCAUUUGCCAAGGUGGUGACGACGUGCAGCAGCUGUGUGAAGCUGGAGAGGAAGAGUUCUUGGAGAUAAUGGCAUUGGUGGGAAUGGCCAGCAAACCUCUCCACGUGCGCAGGUUGCAGAAAGCCUUGCAGGAGUGGGUCAACAACCCAGAUUAUCGGGCUUGUACUGUCGAGGAGAGCCACAGAGUACACGCACCCCUUCACCCUUCUGACUCAAAAAUGAAUAAUACUAAUUGUACACUUGAAAGAAGCUCGUUCAAUUCCAAAUCAAACGCUAUGUUUCAGACACCACUUAUGCCAGCCGUUCCUCCAAGUCAUUCUCCUUACCCGGUGAGUCCUGGUCCUCCUGUGGUUCGACCAGGGCCCUUGAACCUGUCUCAGCCCUCGCCUGUGGCGUCCAUGCAGCCUAGUCCGCCAAUGCCCGUGUUAAGUAACAGCAAUAGCCAGUCCUCGCCUUCACCCGGUGCUAAAGAUGCCUCUUCGCCUCAACCGCCGUCGGCACUGACUUUUCAGCAAGCUUUAGGGGAAUACCCGCAGGCUCCGGGUUCACCCACUUCCCUUACUCCUGUCUUAGUUGAAAGCCAAAUUCAGCGGCUAUCGGAAGCAGCAGACCUUCUAGUAAAAACACUGCCGCAGUUUGAUCCAAAACCACAAAAUAACAAAAAGAAAAUAUGUAAAGAUUUAGAAUAUGUAAUGAACAUGCCAGAGGAUGAUCCGCGAAGGAUGGACGAAAUUCGAAAAUAUGCCGCCAUCUACGGCAGGUUCGACUGCAAGAGAAAGCCGGAGAAACCUUUGACUUUGCACGAAGUAUCUGUCAACGAAGCAGCUGCUCAGAUAUGUAAACAUAUCCCAGCUCUGUUGACUCGAAGGGACGAGCUCUUCCCUCUGGCGAGACAGGUGGUCCGAGACAGCGGCUACCAAUAUUCCAAAGGACAUUCAAGGUCUCAAUGUUAUUCAAAAACUUUUGACGAAGACUCCUGCAAAAGGCUGAGGUUUGAUGGAAGCCCGGGAGCGAUACCAGACCAUAAUCAAAUGGAAGAAGAAAGAAAAAGGAGACAAGAUAGACUUGAAGCUGUUACUGAGCAGAUAAAAUUGUUGGCUGGCCAACAACAUGAUCUGAAGACAGGUCUUCAGCAGUCCAGAGACACUCAUAAUGUGGUUGCUGUGGGCCAGAUCCAGACUCAACUUGACCUCCUUGCCAAUCAACAUUAUCAAUUAAUCAAUGAACAAAGCGAGCUCAGCAGGCAGCUAAGGAGGUUAGACAGGUAUUUCACUGAAUAUAGAUACGGAAUUCGUUCUUCUUGCUCUGAAAAUGAUAAGAUUGACACAGACGAUACAGAUUCGCAGUUUUCCGUGUACAGUUACGAAUCUUCAGCUAGUAUUGGCCACGAUGCAAAUGAAUCUCCUUCUCAUGACUCUAAUAUGUCAAUACAAACUAAUGAUGGUUAUUCUGGCAUAAAAAGUGUUCAAGGGAAGAAAACAAACUCUCAUAUUACGAAGCAACUCGUUCAAGAAACGCUUAUUGAUGAAGGACUAAGAGUUGUGAAAGAACUAGCCAAUCAAAUUAAGGACGAAACUGACAUGAAUCAUGUAUCUGUAUCUAAGCCAGAAGGUAGACCAAGGGGCCGUCCACCAAGGUUAGAACGAGACUAUAUACUGACUACAGCCGGCUCAACUACUCCAAAGCAUUAUAAUGAUAUUAACACUAAUAAUUCUCGAAAUGCAAGUACUCCAGUGACACCAAUUCAAAAUGGACACAGCCCGACAUCUGUCGGUGUGCCUUCAGACAGUGAAAAUACUAUAUGUCACAAUGGAAUUCUCUUAAGUUUAAGGUCAAACCAAAUUUCUGAAAAGAGUAAUCUCUCCAAUAACAAUAGUAACGAUGGAAUUCAUAUGACAGAUAUGCAGGAAGAAGUUGUAAGUAACGAAUCUGAAAGCAGCCUCAAAGCCCUUCUUGCCUUCUCUCAAAAAGGAAUUAAACAGGAGCCAUCAUCACCGACCAGUUUGAAAAUGGACUAAUUGAUAUUUUUGUUAGUAAAGCUGAAGUAUGUGAUAUUUUCUGUAUUCUCAUUGCACCUGCCAUUUUCAUUUCAGGCACAGAACUCCGGUUACUGUGUUUACCAGAGAGCUAAGCAUUAGCAUCAUACUUUCCACCACCUGUAUUAUAUAUCUGGCAAAUGACUUGUACUUCAGCAAACAAAAAAUAGAAAAUAUUAUGUCAGGAGGUGAAAUAUCAAACAUGGUCGCUGUGUGAUGAAUAAAAUUAGUAGCUGCUGCUAGUGUGCAAUAUGUAAGAUAUGUACAGGCAAUAUUGGUAAAUUGAUAUUAUCAGUUAUCCCCCUGGCCACAUCAAUCUGUGUUGUGUUGAUACAACAAAGAUUGGAAAAAAUGUCUGUGAUUUUUUUUGUUACCCAUUACUGUGAUGGACUGAUUUUGUCAAGCAAAAAAAGGGCAAGAAGGUUUUUAAAAAAAUUACAUAUUAAAAUUGCAACAGUGAUAUUCGACAUCCGUUAUUUGCCAAUCCAAUUCAUCUUCACAUUGUUGCAAAGUAGCAUAAGACUUAGUGGAUCAUUCAUCAAUUGUUAUUAAGAUGCAAUCACAUUUCGUUAGUCCAUGAAAUUUUAAUUUUUAUGCCUUUGUCUGGAAAGACCGUUGCAGGGUUGUGUGGUGCUUUUUCUAAAUAUCUCAAAUAAAACUCAAUAUCUCACAUCAAUAAAAGUCGGAAAACUUAUUUACUGUAAAUUACUUUCAUGCCUUAUCACAUUCUGUACUUAUUUAGUUGAACAUAAAAAGUAUGAAUGCAUUUUUCUUUUCUUGUGAAAAUAUGAUCUAUUGAUAUUUGUAAGUAUAUGAACAUAAAAUUUAUAAUGUUUUAAAGAAAAGAGUGUUACUUGAAUUUAUUGAGUGACAUGGUUUAACUAGUCAUAACAGUUAUGCAUAAUUGUGUAAUUUCUACUUAAUUAUU